AUGGAGCCUCCACUUCCUAAUGAGCUACUAAAGAAGUUACUAGAGCUAGAGCAAAGCCACGAGCAUCUAAAGCAGGAGAUGUCUAGGCUCAAGGUUUCUACUGACCUUACUCAGCGACCACAGUAUCUGCCUGAGAGGAGAAACAUCGACGAGGGAGCUCCAGCGAGGAGGAAGAGCGUCCCUUCCUCCUUUCAGAAGCAGAAACGUAUCCAAGAUUCGACCAACUUGAAAGUUGGAGUAGGUAGAGGAAGAACAAGACCAUCAGCCACAAAGUUCACUAAUAAACAAUACUUCAAUAUCCUGCAGUCAAUUUCACAAUCUGUUCAUGUCUUCGAUCUUAAUAUGCAAAUAAUCUUUUGGAAUGCCAUGUCUGAAAAGAUUUAUGGGUACACAGCUGAAGAAGUAGUUGGGAAAAACCCAGUUGAUGUUAUGGUAGAUGAACAAGAUGCUCCUUUUGCUGUAAAAGUUGCUCAACGUUGUAUCAGUGGAGAGAGCUGGACCGGCGAGUUUCCUCUCAAGAGCAAAUCAGGGGAGAGAGUUUUAGCUGUGUGUACGUGUUCUCCCUUCUACGAUGAUGAAGGUUCUUUGGUUGGGAUCAUUUCUAUUACAGGUAACACUGAACCUUAUAUACACCCAAGACUUUCUUUGGCUACAUUAAAGGCCAAAGAAAGUGAAGAGAGCUCUAGCACUGGAAAGAAUAGUUUUGCUUCUAGACUUGGUUUUGGAACCAAAGGAGCUGGCCUUGACUCUCAUCAGCCUAUACAAGCUGCUAUAACAUCAAAGAUAUCAGAUUUGGCAUCCAAAGUAAGCAACAAGGUCAGGGCGAAGAUGCGAGCAGGUGACAAUAGUGCCACACUCUCUGAUGGUGUCUGCGGUGCUACUCUUUCUGACAACAGUGAAGAUGCAUCAUCAUGUAGUGGCAGCAUACAAAAAGUGGAUCUUAUAUAUCCUCCUUUUGGUGUAUUCUCAUGUGAUGAAAAGGCUGAGCAAGAAGUUUCAAAAGGAAGGCCAGGUCAUUCUGAAUGGACUUGGGUACAGAAUGAACAAGAAAAAGAUAAGUAUCAACAGAUUAAUCCAUAUUAUGAUGUUAACUCUGAAAGUGAUUCCUCUGAUAGUAGUAAGGCAUCCAAUAACGAGACUUCUAGUAUGUGGUCUUCUUCUGUAAAUGCAAACAGUACACGCAGCACUAGUACCUGUGGAAGUGCCACCAGCAGGGUUGAUACUGAGACUGAUUGCCUGGAAUAUGAAAUUCUUUGGGAUGAUUUGACAAUUGGAGAAGAUAUUGGACGAGGUUCAUGUGGAACUGUCUAUCACAGUCUCUGGUUUGGAUCUGAUGUGGCUGUAAAAGUUUUCUCCAAACAAGAAUACUCAGAAGAGGCUAUGCGAUCUUUUAGGCAAGAGGUGUCUCUGAUGAGAAGACUUAGACAUCCUAAUGUACUGCUCUUUAUGGGAGCUGUGACUUCACCUCCACGUCUCUGUAUAGUGUCAGAGUUCCUUCCACGGCUCGUGGUUGCUGACUUUGGUCUUUCACGUAUCAAACAUGAAACAUAUCUAACCUCCAAGUCCGGGAAGGGAACGGUGAUAGGAGCUGUUGCGUUCAUGAACCAGAGGCUGGAGAUUCCAAAGGACAUUGAUCCUCGUUGGAUCUCGUUGAUAGAGAGCUGUUGGCACAGCGAUACAAAGCUGAGACCCACAUUCCAAGAACUGAUGGAGGAACUAAGAGACAUGCAAAGAAAGUAUACAAUACAGUUCCGAGCGACACGUGCUGGGUUACUUGACAACUCUCUCCUCGACGACAACUAA